CAGGAUGGUGAAUUUAUUUAGAUACGAGCCGGGGACGGAACGCGCGGCGCGAAGGAAAGCGGCGUCCCGCGGGCGCUCACGUGUCGACGUCGCACUCGAUCUCGCCCUGGAGGUCCAGCAGCGCGCGGUCGAGGUCCGCGGAGAUCCGCGCCAUGGCGCGCAUGAGCCGCGCCGUGCGGCCGCCCUGGACGGAGAUGCGCCGGAACACGGACGACCGCGAGACCGUGUACGUCUCGGUCGCCGCGGCCGACCGCCGCAGCGGCGCGCCGGUGUCGACGUCGACGCCGGCGUCCUCGUCGCGCGCCAGCGCGUAGUCGUCCUCGUCGGCCGCGCGCGAGGCGAGGCCGAGGUCCGCGGCGGACGCGGCGUGGAAGGGGAAGCCCCCGUUCCAGGCCGGCCAGGCCGGGUCGUAGAGGAAGAGCAGGAGGCCGUGCGCCACGACGACCAGCGCCUGGUCGCAGGCGUAGAGCACGAUGGCGCGCUCGUGGUCGCUCACGCUCCGCCCGAUCAGGGCGAGCGCGGGCCGCGACACGAGCCACAGCGCCGCGGCCGGGUUGAACUUGCCGUAGAACCGCGCCUUGCGCGGGUAGUUCCGGCGCGUCGUGUGCGCCGCGUACAGGAACCAGGCCGCCGCGUAGGCCCGCAGCGCGACGAGCGCGUAGCCCGGCGGCGACUCGCCCGCGUCCGCGUACCGCGACCGGUCCCACGCGUGCAGGCGCCAGAGCUCCAGCGCCACCGUCGCCCAGAGGAAGACCGUCGCGUAGACCGUCACGCGGACGCGGCCGUUCGCCGACAGCUUGCGCCGCACCAGCGUCCAGCCCUUGGCCAGGAGCACGAGCAGGCUCACGAGGAGGAUGUCGGCCGCGUGGCCCAGGAAGCGCGCCGCGGCGAGGCACCAGGGCACGCCCGCGCCGUCCCGCGCGAACGUCGCGACGUGGCACAGCGCGAAGGCGCAGCCCGCGGCCUGCACCCAGGCCGACCAGCACAGCAUGGCCACCGUGUGGUGGAACUUGCGGCGCCGGCGGAGCGCCGCGCGCACGCGCAGCGCCCAGGCGCCCAGCGCGGCGUACGCGGCGAGCGCGCACCACGCGACCUCGAGCGUCCCCAGCUCGUCGGCCGAGAACUCGCGCCGCUCCUCGGCGGCGCCGUUCGUGAAGUGCAAUUUAUAAGAAGCGACGAGCGGCCCCUGGCAGUCGCGGUAGCCCGCGGCCUCGGGGCACUGCGCCGCGCAGUUCGCGAGGGCCACGAAGAACCACGUGUAGGCCUCGUUGCGCACGUACGCGCGGCCCUUAGCCGUGGUCGUCCGGCCGAGCGAGUCCGGCGCGACGCUCGUCACGAACGACGUCGGCGCCUGCAGCGACACGACGUUGUCCGCCGCGCGCAGCCGCUCGGAACAGGACCCGCCGCCGUCGACGCCGUCGACCCACUUGUCGAAGCCGUCGUAGUAGAAGAGGAGCGCGGGCGCCGCGCCGGUCGGGUACGUGACCUCGAACUCGACGAAGCCGUACUUCUUCUUCUUCGCGUCCGCCGCGAGGUCCACGUCGGCCUGGGGCGUCGGCACGAAGCAGAAGCGGUCCACGAAGGCCCAGGGCGCCAGCGUGUCGAGCUCGCCCCGGAGCUUGAGGCCCGCGGCGAGCGCGGGCAGGAGCGGCAGGCGCGCGGCCCGCAUGGCUGCCCUCCGGUCAGUUUCUUAUUUUCAAACUCCUUAGCAUCCGCCGCCUCUACUACGACGGGAGGCAGCCAUCGGGGCAUGCGCCAGAAGUUG